UUUAGAGUGAAUGUGCUGCUGCUGCACCUCAGAGGCCGAUUCCACCUGAAGAAGUGACCGGACUGUUUGAGAACCACAUCACACGGAGCAUGAGUUUGUGAUCCCGCUGCGAGGAGCCGACAUUUCCUUGCGUUUAUCUCCGCCUCCAUUGAUACCAGUCUUGAGCCAACAUGGCAGGAGUAGUAGCCAAGCGUGAGGGGCCACAGUUCAUCAGUGAAGUGGCCGUGAGGGGCAACGCCGCCGUGCUGGACUACUGCCGCACCUCUGUAUCUGCUCUGUCCGGAGCAACCGCUGGCAUCCUGGGACUGUCCGGACUGUACGGCUUCAUUUUUUAUCUCCUCUCCGCAAUUCUCCUCUCUCUGCUGCUCAUCCUGAAGGCCGGACGGCGGUGGAACAAGUGCUUCAAAUCGCGGCGGAUGCUCUUCACUGGAGGCCUCGUCGGAGGUCUAUUCACCUACGUCCUCUUCUGGACUUUCCUUUAUGGAAUGGUGCAUGUGUACUGAAAUGAUCCCCCACAAAUAUCCCCUGAAUGAUUUCUAUCUAAUCCUAUGUAAACCAGUCAUAAAUUGUCUGCCCUGCUGUUUGUAGAUAAGCCAUUAGUGAAGGAUUUAGGAUUUUUCCAGUAUGUACCAUUAAUAUACUAGACAAUGUGUCAAUAACUACCAAAUACAGAAUAAACAGGUCCCCUUUUCAUCCUGCUACACACUAACAUGUGACUGUGAAUUUAUUUAACCUGUAUUUCUGCUCUGUGCACAGAAUCAUCCCUACCAGAAUAAGCCACGGUUGUUAUAAUAUAAGUUGUGGUGUAACAUAGAUUAAAAUCCUAAUUAUAUUAAAUCAUAACCACUUUAACAAGGUGUGGCAUCACGUUUCAUGUACAAGACUGUGUUCUGAUUAUAGAUGUGAUUUAUGAUUUUAAUAAAUACCUCUGUACAAUUUGUUUGCAUACAUUA